UUCUUCACAAUGCCUUCAACUGCCUUUCAAUGGCUGAGUCUUGUGGGCAUAAUUUGGCUCCAAUCCAUUACAGGAACAAACACCAAUUUUCCUGCUUACUCAUCACAGCUGAAACAGCUUCUUUCCAUCUCUCAGAUUCAGCUCAAUAACCUUGCUUUUGCCUCUGAUGCUGGCAAACUAUUUGGUUUUUUAUCUGGCCUGGCUUCUAUUUACUUACCCCUUUGGCUUGUACUCAUGAUUGGUUCAACUCUUGGACUGGUUGGCUAUGGUGUACAAUAUCUCUUCAUCACAAACCAUAUCUCCUCUCUCUCCUAUUGGCAUGUCUUCUUUCUUACUGUUUUAGCAGGAAACAGCAUUUGUUGGAUUAAUACUGUCUGUUAUGUCAUCACCAUAAGGAACUUCCCAUCUGAUCGCCAAGUUGCUGUGGGGAUAACAACUAGUUACCAAGGUUUAAGUGCUAAGGUUUAUACCACCAUUGUUGAUGUUGUCGGACACAAAAAAAGGGCCAUAACCUUUCUUUUUCUGAACUCAGUCUUGCCUUUGCUAGUUAGCCUAAUAGCAACUCCAUUGGUUAGAGAAAUUGAAGUCAUAAGUCCUAAACACAGGAGGAUUGGAUUUGAUGUUAUCUUUGCCAUAACAAUUGUUACUGGAAUUUAUGCUAUCAUGAGCAGUUUGGAGUUUGUCUCAAACAAAAUAUCUUCACUGGGUAGUCUUAUUGGUAUUUCAGUGUCCCUUCUCAUACCUUUGUUAGUUCCACUUUCCAUGAUGAUCGUGGGGUCAUGGCACAAAACUACAGAAAAACAAAAAGUGUAUAAUUUCACUGUGGAGGAUGGUCAUAAUGAGAAAACGGAGAAUGAGGUGAAAGAAGGUGAAGAAAGUGAAGAAAGUGAAGAAGUUCAUGAUAUAGGUAUAAAAGAAGAAGUAGAAACAAAGUUAAUGCUGAGAAGACUAGAUUUCUGGUUAUACUUCUUCGUGUAUUUAUUCGGUGCAACACUGGGUUUGGUGUUUCUAAAUAACUUGGGACAAAUAGCCGAAUCCAGAGGUUACAAUGGAACUUCAUCAUUGGUGUCUUUGUCUUCUUCUUUUGGAUUCUUUGGACGUCUUAUGCCAUCUAUAAUAGACUACUUUUACAGGGAAAACAAGUGUGCAAUAUCAAAACCAGGAUAUAUGAUGGUAUUAAUGGCUCCAACUGCUGGGGCAUUUUUCUUACUGCUGAACAAGACUGACCUUGCCCUGUAUGUUAGCACUGCCAUAAUUGGAGUGUGUACUGGUGCAAUAACUUCAAUUGCUGUGUCGAUGACCACUGAAUUAUUUGGAACCAAGAAUUUCUCAGUGAAUCAUAAUGUGGUGGUAGCCAACAUUCCUGUGGGGUCCCUUUUAUUUGGAUACUUGGCUGCUAUUGUUUAUCAUAAGGGAGGGAAUGAAAAUGGAAAAUGCAUGGGCAUGGAAUGCUACAGGAACACUUUCAUCUUAUGGGGUUCCCUUUCUUUCUUUGGCACUUUUUUGGCUUUCAUUCUACAUCUUCGGACUCGCAAGUUUUACUCACAUAAACUGUAG